AUGUUCCCCCUUUCAUCUGCCCGCUCGCUCUUAGCAGCGUGUCGGCCGUCACUCUCGCUUUUUUCACAUGGGCCAAUACCACUAGCGACUCCUCAGCCAGUGUUUGCUCGGUUUCGGUCGCAGCUGGCACCAAAACGCGUCAAAUACCUCAGACGGCACAAGGGUGUUGUACCAAUUCCGACUGGAGGCUCCAUCAAGGGCACCACGCUUGCAUUCGGCGACUGGGGCAUCCGAAUAAAGGAGAAUGGCAAACGACUCACGGCCAAGCAGCUCACCGCGGCAGAGGAGGUCAUCAAGCGGAAGAUUAAACCUAUCAAGGGCGCGAAGGUCUUCAUGAGGGUGUUCCCGGACAUUCCUGUCUGCAUCAAGGCAAGUAACGGAAACGAAACACGUAUGGGUAAAGGAAAGGGGGCGUUCGAGUUCUGGGCAACUCGGGUUGCUCCCGGACGAGUCAUCUUUGAGAUUGGUGGGACCACAGUGCGCGAGGAGAUUGCACGCGAGGCUCUCAGACUGGCAUGCGACAAACUGCCAACAAUCAAUGAGUUCAUCACUCGCUCUACCCCUCCGCGCUUGGGCAACUUGGUGCUGCCGGCGGAGGAAUUUGCGGUUCAGAAAUGUGUUCCUGUAACUGCGGCGUAGUUGACCUAUAUAAUGGAUCGAGUGACACGGCAUUGAAGAUACCUAGGCUGCCUAGGG